AUGAAGGUCUUAUUUGUUCUACUAAUUGUCUCCUCAGCCCUACACCAGAGCCACGGAGACGAUAUCAUCAGAAAUGACUUUGAAGUCCCAGAUGCAGACGGUGCUUACAAAUGGGCCCUGCAGACAGAAGGGGGUAUAUACCACGAGCAGCGAGGCUCCCUACAGCCCAGCGACUCCGGCGCACCAAGUCUCGUGGUGGAAGGACAAUAUCAAUACACCGCGCCGAACGGACAGAUUAUCCACGUUUUCUACAGAGCAGAUAAGAAUGGCUUCCAACCAAAUCUACGACGUCCCGGCUCCACUUAA